UGAUUCAGGUGUGCACAGGUGAUUGUGACUUUUAAGGAAGAGCGAUGGUGUUUAGUUGAUCCGUUGAGACCGUGGGUGGAAAACAUGACCCCAAAGACAGUGUUGGUCGUCUACGCGCACCAGAGCGCAGGAUCUUUCAAUGCGGCUGUUAAAAAUGCUGCUGUGGACGAGCUGAAGAAACAGGGAUGCAACGUUCUUGUGUCUGACCUGUAUGAAAUGAAAUUCAAGGCCACGGCUACAGAGGAGGAUAUUACUGGAGAAGUGAAGAACCCAGAGCAUUUCUGUUAUGGAAAUGAGACCAUGUUGGCUUGGCAGGAGGGGCGACUAGCUGCUGAUAUCCUAGAUGAGCACAAGAAACUCAAAGAAGCAGAUCUUGUUAUUUUUCAGUUUCCCAUGUACUGGUUCUCUGUUCCUGCCAUCAUGAAGGGCUGGAUGGAUCGGGUUCUUACGCUUGGUUUUGCAUACACCUUGGAAAAGCGCUACAGUGAGGGCAUCUUCAGGGAUAAGAAAGCCAUGUUGUCAUUCACCACUGGUUCCCAUGAGACCAUGUUCAGCCCCAAUGGGAUCAAUGGAGACAUGAAUGUUACUCUGUGGCCAAUUCAAAACGGUGUCCUCAACUAUUGUGGCUUCCAGGUCCUUGCUCCACAGAUCUUCUGGGCACCCACACAUCUCUCUCCUGAGGCUCGUGAGGGUCUAUUAGAAGGCUGGCGUACUCGUCUUCAAGGUCUUCUAAGCGAGACGCCUCUCGUCUUCCCACCUGUAGACAUCUUUGACGAGGGAAAAGGCUUUCAGCUGAAACCUGAGGUCCGGGAGAAGCAGGCUGAUUCCCCUUUUGGUCUCACUGUGGGUCACCACCUGGAGAAACCACUGCCACCCCACAGCAUGAUGAAAGCAGGGGUGUGAGACUUGGUACAACGCUGUCCCCAUGUGGCCAUGUCUUUGUUUAACUGUCUCAAAGCUGAAUUUCAGACAUGAAUAAAUUUUUCAUGUUUUGAAUUUGA